AUGGGACGAGCUGCAACUGCAGACAUGGAACAUUCGUUCCUUCCCGGAAAAUGCCGUCAUGGCAAAUGGCCAGAAGGAGAAGGACCGAAAGAACGCAAACGACUGGAGAGAGAGCAGCAGGAGCAAGACAACAUCUUUGAGAACUUCCGCAAGGAGUCACUGAAGAACCCCAAGGUCAUGCAAGGGAAACUAUCAGUUCAUCCAAGCAUUUCCUUCGGUGAGCAGAGUGCAGUGCUCAAGAUGUGCCUCAUCAAGCUCCUAUCUGGAGUUCGACAAGAUGGAGAAGAAGAAGUCGAACAAGCUCCACUACGUUUGCUACUUCGUGGCUCCAUUUCCAGCUGGAAGAUUGGACAAGUUGAAGAUCUUCGCACUUUGUCUCUGAGCCAAAAUGGCAUGAACCUUUUGAACUUGAAGAAGAUUGGCUCGUGGCCAUCUUUGGUGCAGACGUGGAAGAAGCAGCUGCAUCAUCUUCCUCUGACAUCAAGGCCAUCAAGGACAGUGAUGCGGAUGACGAACAUGAUGGUGAACUUGUGCCACUACCACAACCUGAACUUGAAGAAGAAGCUGCCGAUGGUCCAGCUCAACAUCCCGGGUCCUUGCGACCGGCGACCGAUCUUUGAUUUUAGACGAGUCUUUGCACGCCUACCUCGACUUGCUGGCACUGACGAUGUCACAGCCAAGAGAUUGAUCUUGGGCCUACAUGAAAGACUUUGGCAUGCAGGAACUCAAGACGUCAAAGCGAUUUUGAUUCGCUGUGGCAUGCCUCACGCAGUUUGGCGUCUGACAGGCGAUGCUGCGUCUUCAUGCAGGAUUUGCCGCAAGUUCUCACGAGCUGGACGUCGACCUCAAUACAAAGGCACCAACCUCAGCAUGUCCUUCAACGAAGUCAUCCAAGCUGAUCUCUACAGCUAUGACGGCAAGACCUACCUCCUGGUCAUCGACGAGGCCACGCGCUACAAGGUGGCAACUUUGUGCGAGGGCCGUGAGCUGAAGCACAUCCUUGGAGCGCUCAUGCGACUUGUCGAGAAGCACAUCGACUUGACGAAGCUCACCAUGGCCAAGAUCCAAGCAGAAGCUUCGAGAUGGGGUCUUGAGAUUGAAGGCGAGGAGCUGGCUUGUGAAGCUUGCAUGGCUGCCAACACCACGUUCAAUGUGGGAGGCUAUUCACCAGUGACAUUGCUGUUUGGUGUUCUCCCUCGUGGCUACUUGGAACCUGAAGAACUGAAGAACUUCUUCAAGGAGAUGACAUCACUCCAGAUGAGUCAGCCUUCGAAAUGUCUCUACGACUUCGACAAGUUGCUCUACAAGCCAGCCAAGCCGCUAUCCUGGAAUCCAGGAUUUCUCGGGCCAACAGGUCCAGACCCCAACGACUACCUGUGGAAGACUUUGUCCCUGGGACCACCAAGGACGGCCCUUUCUGUUGGACUACGACACUUACGACCUCUUCCAGAAAGCUACAUGCAGUUCCUGAAUGAGACCUCCAGCACUACCUCAACUGAAGCAGAACAAGCUCUUCGACGAAUGAAGCUGGUUGUCGAGGACUGCACGCCCUACAAGCCUAACACGAUGGGCGAGAUCUUGAAGCAUGAAGAUGGAGAAAACAAGAUGGUGAGAUUUCCAAAAGAAGAAAGUGAUACAGUCAACCAGAUGCUCAAGGAUGCCAAGACCUUUCUGGACUUCCACUACAACCAGGUGAUCUUUCAUGGAGCCCAAUUUGGAAAAGGCAUGAAAACCAUCUUGGUUCCCAAGUUUUCCAAAGGAACCUUGAUCACAUGGCCAGAAGGUUUCUUGGGCAUCUCCGUGACCGAGCACAACACCGACUCCAACAUCCACAUCAAGGAGCUCUUUGUCAAGAACAUCGAAAAGCUCUGCCAUCUCUAUCUCUACGGCUAUGUGCAGUACCAGAAUGAUGACACCUGGAUGACAGCUCGAAAACCGAGACCACCUGUGAUCAAACCUGAACAAAACCAACCUGACGAAGAUUCAAUGUCAACUACAUGUUCUCCAGAACAUCAACCUGAUGAACCCACUUUGAAGCGUCCAGGUCCUGACACCAGAACUGUGACCUUGGCAGAUCUUCGAAUCUACCUGUCAGAUGGUGGAAUCUACCGAGUUGAUGAAGACACUGCAGACGGCUUGGACGAGACGAAGGUCCUCCAACAUUGGCCUGACUUCGAGGCCAGCGACAAGGCCGAACUCAAGCAGUUUGUGGAUGAGAAGGUCUUCAGAAAGGUCCUCUUGGACGACCUGCCUCAAGGAACAGCCUUGGUGGAUGCGACAUGGGUGCGAAAGUUCAAGCGCACCGCCAACAAGACCUUGAAGGCUAAAAGCCGACUUUGUGCCCGUGGCUUUCUUGAUCCUCAGAAGGAGGAAUUGCCGACGAGAUCUACUACGGCAACACGCCUCUCACAGAGGCUGGUUCUUUCUGUGGCCUCUACGCACUCCUUUUCAGUGCGCAGCUGGGAUGUGAGUGGAGCCUUCCUGAAAGAUGAGAGCCGAUGGGCCCUACUAUGUGAGAAGCCUUCCUAUGGCUUGGUUGAUGCCCCUCUUGCUUGGCAAUUGUCGCUCUUCGAGACUCUUGAAGAAGGUGGAUGCUGCCAAUCCUUGCUGGACGAGAACAUGUGGCACAAGAAGUGCCCUACAACUGGCCGACUUCAAGGAGUUCUCACCACUCACGUGGAUGACAUUGCCGUUGUGGCGACUGACAACUUCCUCAACGAGCAGUACAAGUUCCUCACCAGCCGAUUUGGCAAGAUCAGCGAGGACUUUGGCAACGACAUGAACCGGCUGCUGAACUCAAAAGAGGUGUCUAUGUUCCGAAGUGUGCUGGGCGGUUUGCUGUGGAUCACCGCAACCAGACGGGACUUGGUUGCAGAAAUUGGUGUGCUGCAAUCCAGAGUGACCAAAGCAACUGUCCAAGACAUGCACAUGGCGAAGGCCAUUGUCAAAAAGGCCAAGAUGGUGCAGUACCGUGGCCUGGGGAUCACUUUCAAGCACUUUCCAACGUCAGUGCCCUGGCGAUUGGUGACAGUUCACAAUGCAUCCUCAGCAUCGAAGGGACGAGCCUACUCGCAGGAAGGUAGGUAUUAUGAUCCUUCUCAUGAGAGACAACCUCAACUUCGACAAGCGGAUCCACUCCAUCACUGGGCUGGAAGUGAGCGAGCAUCAAUUUGGUGGAGAAGCUCACAUUUCGUUUGCACAUGGAGCUUGGGCCAAGCGCAUCAGCUACUCAACUUCGCACUCCGAGACCUUAGCUGCCAUCUCUGGACUUGA